UUUCCGGUAGAAAAGUUCACGUUUGUUAAUAGUGGCUGCAUUAUGUCAGAAACGGAUUGUAGAAAGCAUGUCAACCUCCAAUUUCUGAAAUUGUUUAUCCUAGUUUUCACGAGAAAUACCCUAAAAAACCGAGAUAGCGAAACGGUCUUUAGAGAUUCGAUAGAAUUAGAUGCAAGACGCCAUCUUAGCUCUGCGGUCAAUCAGGUCAUCCCUUGAGAAACUUUAGGUCCUCAACUGCUUAUUCACGUCUCUUGAUCUGAGUAAAAGUCCUAGUUUGUCGUGUUAAUUUCGAUCUUUUUGUGAUCGGAAUCAUAUAAUAGUAUUUUACCAAAGGUAGUAAUAGAGUUUGAGAAUGGAUCCCGCACUGUUGCGUGAACGUGAGGCUUUUAAGAGGAGAGCUUUUGCCACGCCGGUAGUGGAGAAUAAAAGAAAGAAAGAAAAUGUUGUAGAUGAAUCUAAAAAGAAACCCAGGCCACCCCAGAGAUCCUCGGCUUCAGCUCCAAAAAUCGAUGUUACCAACUACAAGCUUAUGACAGGGAGUUCACAGUACAAAUUUGGGGUAUUGGCAAAAAUUGUUAAACAUCUGAAGACUUUGCAUCAGGAUGGAGCCGAUCAUGCUUUAACAUUGGAAGAAAUCCUCGAUGAAACCAACCAACUUGAUGUUGGUAUGAAGAUAUCUCAGUGGCUUCGAACUGAAGCUUUGAACAGCAAUCCUAAAAUUGAGGUUACUUCAGAUGGAAGGUAUGUGUUCAAACCACCAUACAAGGUCAGAGAUCGUAAAAGCCUACUGAAGUUACUGCGGCAAACUGAUUUGAAAGGUUACGGCGGUAUUCUGCUUGAAGAUAUCCAAGAAUCCUUACCUAAUCAUGAAAAAGUUUUGAAAAUGCUCGAAAAAGACAUAGUGUACAUUACCCGACCCGUAGAUAAGAAGAAGAUUUUGUUUUACAACGAUAAAACGGCGCACAUGCCGAUCGACGAAGAAUUUCAAAAGCUUUGGCGAUCAGUUGCCGUUGAUGGUAUUGACGAUAACAAAAUUGAAGAGUAUUUAGAAAACCAGGGAAUUCGCUCUAUGCAAGACACGAGCCAGAAAGUUCUCCCUGCCAAAUUGAAAAGAAAGGCUGCUCCAAAGAAACGUACUUACAAGAAACCUCGUGACAAUGAGCAUCUCAAAGAAAUUCUGGAAGAUUACGAAUGAAAUAGUAAACUGUUUUCUACCGACGCGCCCAAUUUCCUGUAUCACCUGUAUGGCAAACCAAACGUACCGGACGAGAACGGUGAUGAAUCAUGUUGUUGUCUCGGGAAUCCAGAAUCUAAUUUUUUUAGUUAAAUAUAAAAAUAGUUGAAUUA